GUGUCAAUUUCUUCUCGUAUAUUUCGGUACGUAAUGCGCAGUAGCGUCGUGAUAUACGUACAAAACAAUGUUAUUUUAUAAAAGUGAAAUGUAGCCUGUGUGAUAAGAUAUGUGUCUUGAGAAAUUUGAAACUUAUAAACAUGCAAUGUCACUUGCUUCAUUUGUUUUCUUUUCAUGAAGCCUUUCGUUUCAUUCUAAAGUUUUGAUCAAGGUCUAUUUACGCCUGAGAUCAUGUUUAUGGACUCUCACAAGUGAAUGUUGUGAUAACCUUGAAAUCAUGACUACUUGCAGAGUUUCUUAUUCUAUAGAAUAAAUAUAAUACAAUAAAAUACUCUCUUUGCAUAAUUCAUCAAAGAUUGAAUCUUAUGUAUUGAUAAAUAAACGAAAGAUAUCAUGAAAUUAAACUUUUAUAUCAAAAUACAAGGCUAGCCAGUUGUGUCAUUCUUAUUGUGUGAUUAGAAUUUUUAGUCAUUCAAUCAAUAGUCUUUAAGAUUAUACUAUAAUUUUACCGUUUCCAUAGCGAGCGGUUUAUCAUAUAACAUAAGAAUGGACACAUCAGGCUUUCCUGUACCAGAUGCGAUCCACCCACUACUUGAACAAUUACAAGAAGCUUUGGUGCUUGAGGUUAAAUAUCAACCAAAUCUUCAAUUACUAACUACAACACAAAAUGAUGAAAUUACAAUCGGUGCACGGGAUGGAUCUGCUCAUGUAUUAAGAUGUUUGAAAGUAUGGUACGAUUUACCAUCCGAUGUAUUUUUUGUUGCUAUCAAUUUGAUGGAUCGUUUUUUAACUAAAAUGAAAGCCAGACCAAAACAUAUGGCUUGCAUCAGUGUAUCAGCUUUUCAUAUCGCUGCAGUUCAAAUGGCUCAAUCUUUGGAUGCUGAUCAUUUGGUAUCCAUUUCUCAAUGCAAGUGUACCGGAGGAGAUCUUAAGCGUAUGUCAGGUGUAAUACGUAAUAAAUUAGAAUGGGCACCAGCUAUACAACCAAUUACAUCAUUAACUUUUCUACAAUUGUUUAAUACAAUGUUUCAUACUGUUGCAUCACAUUUGGGUAUUGGCGAUAUAUAUGCCAAUGUAGUAAUGGAAUCUGAACUUUUUCUAAGAUUAGAAAUGAUCGCUUGUGAUGGAAAUUGUGCAAGUUUAAGAUCAUCUGAAAUAGCUUUGGUCUUACUCUGUACAUAUUUGGAUGCAGCCGUUAAAAGAUUAGAUGCAAAUAAAGAUGUUACUAUUUCUGUAACAUCAAUGGCUGGUCCUUCUACUAUUAAUUCAUCUGUAACACCGGCGCAUCAAAUGUUAAGACUGGUAGAAUUUGCUGCUGAAGUACAAAAAAUUUGCAAGAUUUCAGGCGAUAGCUUUGUUUCUACACAUGAAGCUGUAAGUGCCGUUUUAAAUAAAUAUAAUGCCCAAGAACAAACGCCUCAUAGACAAAGACUCAUAUGGAGAUUAUCUUCACGUACAGCUCGUCUUUUGCGUCCGACUGAUAAAUUUACUUCUGUUUUACCUGUUAUUGCUGAACACACUCCAGUUCCAUCUCCAAGUAGGAUUAGAAAAAACCGUAAGUUCUCCCGUCGUCAUGGAAACAAGAGGCGUUAGUAUAUCUCGUUUAUACUCGACAAUGAGUAAGAAAGAUCUGUCGUAUUUGGACGAAUUUGAAUUUAAAAUAGCAUUUUCCAACACAAUAUUUAAUAAUAGACAUGGUAUUGACCUUGCAUGUUAUUUGGAAAUGGAAAAUCAUUCAAUGUAAGUCAUUAUCUUAUCGUGUUAUUUGAGAGGCACACAAAUGUAUAAUUGUUCUUUUUUUUUUAUUUGUAUUCAAAUUUUUCUAAAGUCUAUUCUCUACCCAAAAAAUUUACGAAUUAGGAAAAUAUUAUAAUAUUGUUUUGAAGCAACUAUAUGUUAUAAAAGUUGUAAAAUAUUAGAAAAGAAAUUAAUAUAAUGAAAAAAGAAAAACAGAUAUCGAUUUACCUUUUUCUAAAAUGGAAAUUGAUGUGAUAUAAUAUAAUGUCGAUUAUAUUUUAUAAUUUAUUAAAAAGAUAAUUGUUGAGAAAAAUUCAUUUUAACUUUAUAUUUGUGGUAUAUUCUAAUAGAGAAAGAAAAAAAUGAUGUAAAAGCGAAUAAGAAAAAUUUUGCACUUAUACAAAAUAUAUUACACAAAAGAGUGAUCUUUAUAAAAUAAAGAUACAAUAAAGUAUAAUGAGGUAUUUGAUAGGUUUAAUAAUGAUAUUAGAUUAUAUCUUUUACCAUGAUCCUGUAAGUAAUUGUAAAAAAAAAAAAAAAAAAAAGAAAAAAAAGAAAAGAAAUAAAAAUUGUAUGAAUGUAAACAUUUGAUCAUAUUCUAGUGGAAUAGAGAAUCUUUUUUAGUAUUAAACGAUUAAAAAUUAAUU